AUGAACGUUGCAGGCUUAUGUGCUGAAGUGGGACGGGGGUACAUGGCAUAUCCCAGUAGCAGGUCCCCCUGCAGUAUCACAGGCUCUCCAUCUGACCUAGCUUCGGUCUGCAUAGGUACCUCCCUUUGUGCCACUGUUUUGUUAGGCAAUCUCCGCCGCUUGCUUCGCUGCCAUAUUGGGGCCUUUUCCACAGGUAGCGUUGGUGAAUUCUGGUGGGGACCGGGGUCCGGUCUUCCUCGGGAGAAUUUACUUAUCAGAGGUGGAGCUUGUUGGAGCUUCCUGCUGGUUAUUUGCUUCAAAAAAGAUCAAAGAGUCUGUUCAGCCCAGACUCAAUAUCCAGCCAUACUUUGCUGGGGCCAGGAGGACACGCGGCUUCCACCAUAUUGGAAGAGUCGCAGACGAGUUUGUCAGCUUGGGUGGCUGUGCUCUGCGCUUCCACUAACUCCAGGUAGCUUCCCAGGGGUGGACCAGGUCCGGUCCGAGGGGAGUGGGGGGGUUACAGGGCUCUUGCCGGAAAGUAGGCUGCCUCCCCCGCCUGGUGAUUACCAGGACGCACUUGCCACAAAGAGGUGA